AUGUUAAUUCCCCAUGCAGAAAGAAAUCCAAAUUAUUUAGAGGACACUGAGAAGACAAUAAAGAAAGAAAAGAAUUAUAGAAACUUUUAAAUUUACUAGAAACCCAAGCCAAAAAAAGAAUAACCCAAGCCUCCUAAAAAAUUGAAAACAAGGGAAUUAUUUGAUUUCUUGAAUAUUUGGGAUUGCGAAAUCGGAAAACGACACAACUAUCUUACUUAGUUCAAUCAUUAUCUAAUAUCAAAGAGAGAGACAAUUGAAUUGGAAGAAAUUGAAAAAAAGAUGAAGAAACCAGAUUUCAUUAAAUUUUUUAAAUAUCUCAAAGACAAAGAACAAAAAAGUGAAGAUGAAUUGCUUGACCACGAUGUUAAUUUGCAAAUUGCCUUUACUGCAAAAUAACGUCGAGAUUUAAAUGCUCAGGAGAGAUUGAAAAAAAAGCACUCAUAUCCUUAGGCAAGACCAAAGGACAUAUUGUUACCUGCCUCAUUCAAUCCCGAUUUCGAAAUCCCCACUCCUUCGCCUGAUGACUUUGUAAUUGUCACACAUUUUUAUAAUUAAUUUUUGGAAUACCCAAAUAAGUCCAUUCCUAAAUCAGUAUUAUGCUCAUACAUGUUGGAGAAUAGGAAGUUUUGUGAUGCUUAUAACAUUAACAAGAAUUUGCUAGAAGAUUAAUUGAAUGAAUUUCCCACUUAAUUUGAGGAAGAAAUAACAUUAGAGGAAUUUAUUAACUUCACAUUAUAUCCCAAGAUCCUAAUUAUAAAGGAUAAUUACGACUUGAAUUUGUUGAAGCCUGUUAAAGGAAUUUAGGAAUUCGAGGAAUCAUAGAAAUCAAUAUUGCUAAAAGUUUAUGAUGAAUUCAAUUUAGAUUGCGAAGAAAAAGUGAAUCCUCUAAAACUAAUCGCUUCAAUUAGGACGAGAUAUGAAACAAGAAUAAAGCUGUUUGAUACUUUUAUUUCGUUUAAAGAAAUUAAUAAAAAUAUACCAUUUGAAAAGUGGCUAUAUGAAUUUGAAGUGUAUUGUUAAAGAUUAGAUUUGGAAUCCAUAUCCAAAUCUUAUUUUAGGGAAUGGCAAAAUUAAUUAUUUGAGAUACCAAACAAAUUUAUAAUCUUAAAAUCAUCGUAGAUAUCAAAAAAGAGGAAGUAUGAUAAAUUGUUUGAGAAUGAAGAAAUAUCGCUUUAAUCCAAUUUCUUUAGUGAAUUGGAAAAGAUUUUCAAUCAAAUAAGGAAGAGCAAUGAAAGAUUUUCAUAAAAGAAAUUGGUCGUUGAUAAUUUGAUUGCCAAUGAAGACUUUUCAAGGAAAUUCUUCAAAUUGAGAGUCAGAAGAGAAAAAACCAAUCAAUUACCUAUAGAAACUGUAGAGGAAACUCUUAAUCGAAUAUUGCAAGAGGCAGAUGAAUACAUCGAUUUAGAUGAACUUAUAGAUUUCUUCACCAUAAGAGGUCGUCCUUUGAUAUUGAGUUAGAAAUUAAAGCAAUAAUACACUCUAAAUAAGAAGUAGAAGGAGAACCCUGUUGAAAACACAAAGUUUGGAGCUAUAAAUAAAAUUGAUAAUGGAUUUUUUUUAAUUACAGUACCUGAUGGUAGGAAGGAAAAUGAAAAUUAAGCGAAAUCCAUUAGGUAGAAGGAAGUUGAAAAGAUGUUAAUAGACAAGGAGAAAGAUUUAUUAAAAGAGCUCAAUACUCGGUUUUAAGCUAAUCCAGUGCCAUGGUAUGUUAAGGAACCUUUGUAUGAUCAAUUGAAUAGGGAGAGAGAGGAGAGAAGGGAAAGAAUAAAAGAGGAGAGCAAAGCUCGAUUAAUGCAAAGUAUGAUGGAACCUAAAAGCUUUGAAAAACAGAAGAAACAAAUAUUGCCACCAGAAGAAGAUAUUGAAUUCAAAUUCAUGUCUCGACCUGUACCAGAUAGCACAAGAGAUCCAAGAUUUAAAAUGAUAAUGGAAGAGCAGAGAUCCAGAUCGAAGAGCAAUGUAGAAAAGAAAAAAGCAUAAUGGGCUGAUUAUUUCGCAAAUUCAACCUAAUUAUAGAAAACUUUAGAGAGGGAAGAGAUUAGAAAAUCCCUUAAAAGGGUUCAGAAUAAGAAGAAAUAUAAGCCAGAGAGUUUUGAAAAGUUCAGAGCAAAGAGUUUACCUAAUUUUGAAAGACUUCACACAGUUUUUGAAAAUAUCGUAGCUUCAAGAAAAAAAUCCUUUGUCCCAACUAUUCCAUGUUAGACUAAUCUAUCGAUAACUCAUAGAACAGUUGAUUGCACAAUGUUAGAUUCUGAAAAUUAGUCAAAUAUAAAGGGGAAAUAAAAGAUUGCUGACAUAGAUAAUAGAUUAAAUAGUAUUCUUAAGAGUUCUCGUCCAAAUAUUAUUAAAACUAAGUCUUCAGCUUCAAUUAGCAAGUAUAGACGUAAGUAGAGAUAUGAGAAGGAGCAAAAAUAACAGUUAAUAAAUGAUGAACUAGAGCAAUGGAAGGAGGAAAGAAAGUAGUUGUUGCCUAAGGGAAUGAAAGUAUCUAAUCCAGCUGCUGAGCAAUAGAAAUUACUAGAUUAAGAGCUGGAGGACUUGGUAAAAUGGAAGAAGAAGUACCAUAAAAACUUGGAUAAGGAUUAUUAGAAUGAUCUAAAGAAAAUGUAGAAAAGAGUUUAAAAGAGGAAACUCUUGCGAUUUUAAUCAGAUAAAUUCGAUGACUAAGAGGAUUCUAGUUCUUAGUCAUCCAAAUCAUCUGAUAGAAGUUAAGAAGUUCAUCACAUUGACAAAUUUUUAUGA